UAAAAAUAUUUCAACAUGAACAAAAUAUUUAAGCCACACUUGUUCAAACCAGUUUCAUGGACGGUAGUUAGAAAUUAUGCGAAAGUGGAGAGGUUUAUGUGGUGCCAAAAGGAGAUCCCAGGGCGUCCGAAAGUGGUCUUCAAGGACGGCAAUGAAAUUCCCGUAAUAGGUCUAGGUACUUGGAUGAGCCCCAAAGGUCAGGUCACCGAGGCUGUCAAAAUCGCCAUCGAUGCUGGAUACAGGCACAUUGAUUGUGCCCAUGUCUACCAGAACGAGGAUGAGGUCGGCGAGGGUAUUGAGAUCAAGAUCAAGGAGGGAGUUGUCAAGCGUGAGGACCUGUUCGUUACCAGCAAACUGUGGAACACUUUCCAUCGUCCGGAUCUGGUCAGGACUGCCGUGGAGAAUACGCUGUCUGCCCUGAAGCUUAAGUACCUGGAUCUGUACCUGAUCCACUGGCCCAUGGGCUAUAAGGAGGGAUGUGAACUCUUCCCGGUCGACAAGCAGGGUAACACUCAGUACUCACCGGUCGACUAUGUGGACACCUGGAAGGCCAUGGAGAAGCUGGUCGAGGACGGCCUGGUCAAGUCCAUUGGUGUGUCCAACUUCAACAGGAAGCAGAUCGAGCGUGUGCUCGCUGUUGCCAAGAUCCCCCCAGCUACCAACCAGAUCGAGUGCCAUCCGUAUCUGACCCAGAAGAAACUGAUUGACUUCUGCAAGUCGAAGGACAUUGCGAUCACCGCUUACAGUCCCCUGGGCUCGCCCAACCGCCCCUGGGCCAAGGAAGGCGAUCCGGUCAUCCUGGAGGAGCCCAAGAUCAAGGAGCUGGCAGCCAAACUGAAGAAGACCCCUGGACAGGUUCUGAUCCGUUACCAGAUCCAGCGCACCAACAUCGUUAUUCCCAAGUCGGUGACCAAGGACCGCAUCGAAUCCAACUUCCAGGUCUUUGAUUUCGUACUGUCUCCCGAGGACAUUGCGGUUAUCGAGAGUUUCGAGUGCAACGGUCGUCUGGUACCUUUGCUUAAGGAGGCUGGUGCCCACAAGUACUAUCCCUUCCACGACGAGUAUUAACCAUAUUUUGAAAUCGAUAUAUGCCAAACGAACAGUUUCGAAGAACAUUACUUAGUGAGAAGCCAUGCCUAUUGAAAAUUAAACCUCUCAAGAUUCCCAAGAACAACCACAUAUGUUAAUGGUGUAUAUCAUACCCAAUACGGUCAUCCCCAUCAUCCAUUUGAGAACGACGAAUACUAAUAAGCCACGCAAAACUGUGAAAAGUUCAAAUUAUUGAUUUGUUCCACAAACAUUUAAUCUUAAAAAGUAAUGAAUAAACAAACAACAUGAAA